GGCCUGUGACAUAACGUGACCAGUCGCCGUCCUUCGAGAAACGUGCCCCGGGCCUUGCUUUUGAGCAAGCUGGUCCCUCCCCAACCCUUUUUGCUUGAUAAAUCAGGACGUGGACAUGGCAUGAUUGAUCCGUCCCAUCCCCCCCCGUCCGUCACCGAGGUCUCCAGCUUUAAGUACUAACGUACUGUAAAUUACCUGACCUACUGUACCUAUCUUAACUUACAGUACGCGACGGCCGCAACCGCAAAUCACCAUCCAUACUCCAGGCUCCAAUCCGCUUCUGAGCAAUCAACCUAAUCUACCCGCUCCUUGUACAAUUCCGUGACUUGCCAAUAUCAAGCACUUGCUCCUCUCCACGCGUGCCUGCACUCAACUAUAUAAUAUUUUGGCACUAGGUUAGGCUUCAACCUCCUAUUCCGGCCUCCCUGUUGUUACGGCACCGUACCAGCCCGUGAUAGGCAUCUGCACAAACCGUUCAUCUGGCACCAUUGCUAUAGCCAUGGCUCCACGCGAGAAGAGCCAAUUGAAGCGAGUCCGAGACUCGCCUCAAGAAUCAGACCCGACCAAGAAGCCGAGACGAUCCGAGCGCUUGUCCCAAAGCAACGGCGAUCACCUCAAGACCCCCGUUACCAAAAACCAGCAGAAGCUUCCUUCUCCAGUCACCUACAAUGAGGACGAAAGCAGUCUCAACGGCCGAUACAAGGAGGCCACGGCUACUCCGCCAAAUGGCAGGCCGAGCCAAGUAAGACACAGAACACCCGAAGAGACGCUGGACUCACAAUUGUCCUCGCCGCCAAACGACACCCAAGCUUUUCCCUCGCAACUCGUCGACCCACAGGCCGCUCUAUCCGACGAGGUGGAAGACGAAGUAAAAGAAGGAGUCUGGGGAUAUCUGUUCCCCCUCGACGCCAGAUUUGGUCGAUGCGUUGUCCUACGAAAACGAGCCACAUGCCCUGCCUCGGAGGCCGUAAGCGACACCGAGCCCGUCAAGAAGAAGAAAGAAGGCAGAGCUCUAGAGCAGGAGGAGACCUAUGAGAGCUCCAAGGCCAAGGGAAUCCCUUCUGGCGGCUAUUUGAUAGGACGACAUCCCGAAUGCGACGUAAUAAUAGACGACCCUGUCAUAUCGAACCGACACUGUCUGCUGUUUACCGAGCACAAGGGCAAUGACACAACAGCCGUCCUCGAAGAUCUGUCUAGCAAUGGCACAUUUGUCAACGAGGCUCUGGUGGGACGGAACCAGCGGAGAGAGCUUCAGGACCAAGACGAGAUUGCUGUCAUGGAUAAGGGCCGAUUCAUUUUCAGAUACCCGCGAAGCCGCAUGUCAAGUGCCUUCCUCCACCAAUACACUCUCCUCGAGCGGCUAGGAAAAGGUCACUUCGCUGAGGUUUUCUUGUGCGUCGAGAAGUCCUCGGGCACCAAGUAUGCUGUCAAGAUCUUCACCAAGCAUCCUGGUAUGGAGGAGAAGUCCAAGAUAGAGGGCUUGCAACAAGAAAUCGCUGUCCUUAUGGGCGUGAGUCACCCAAACAUCCUGUGUUUGCACGACACCUUCAACGAGAAGAAUGCAGUCUACUUGGUUUUGGAACUAGCGUCUGAGGGCGAGCUCUUCAACCAUAUCGUAAUGAAGCAGAAGUUCAACGAGGACGAAGCCAGGAAGCUGUUCAUCCAGUUGUUCCAGGGUAUCAAGUAUUUGCAUGACCGCAACAUUGUUCAUCGCGAUAUCAAGCCUGAGAACAUCCUUGUGGUGGACAAGGAGAUGCACGUCAAGCUGGCUGACUUUGGGCUUGCUAAGAUUAUUGGCGAGGAGUCCUUUACCACCACGCUUUGCGGUACUCCCAGCUACGUUGCUCCUGAAAUUCUGGCAGAGGGAAGGCAUCGCAAAUACACAAACGCAGUAGACAUUUGGUCACUAGGUGUGGUUCUGUACAUUGUUCUGUGCGGCUUCCCUCCUUUCUCCGACGAGCUCUACGCAAAAGAGUUCCCGUAUACGCUCUCACAACAGAUUAAGAGUGGACGGUUCGACUACCCUUCACCUUAUUGGGAUUCUGUCGGCGACCCAGCCUUAGAUCUCAUCGACCACAUGCUAGUAGUCGAGCCCGGGAAACGGUAUACCGUGGAUCAAUGUCUAGAGCACCCUUGGGUUACACAAAAGAUGCCAAACCUUAACGAUAGCACAGAUGGCCUUGUCGACGGCGUGGGUGGUUUGGCAGUCGCCAAGCGCGGUAUUCAUCGUGAGCGCACACUGCUCUCGUCUAUUAACAGCGUGAAUUUGGUCCGCAAGAUACCCCUGAGCGAGAAGCAGCAGGAGGACAAGGGACCACUCAAUGUCUACGCCAAGAAUACCGAUGGUGCUAGUGGCACCAACAUCAGGCUACAGGAGGCCCGCCCUGCAGAUGAACGUACAGCGAAGGAAUUUAUGGAACUAGGAGGCAAAGGCGAUCAAGAGCUUUUUGGGAACGAUGGCGGCAGUUAUUACACGAAAGAGGAAGCUAUAGCUGCCAAUGGCAAUGCGAAACCCAAGAGCAAAACCAAGACCAACGGACGAUAAGGCUCGGAGUUGUUCACUAGAAGUCGGUUCGUCUGACUCGUGGGAAUAGUUGGGUCGGUUUUGACGGCGUACGCAGCAUUACCUCGUGUAUGAGGAUCUCUAAACUCUACCGGGGGCUAUGAUUAGGAACGAGAUUUUGUUAAAUAUCGAAGGCGCUCAUGUCGGGUUUCAUACGCCAUUCCUGGCUUGUGUAUACGGUCUAUGGCGUUAACGGGGUCGAAAAUUUUAUCUGAAGGGCUUUGGUGGGCAUUUCUAUAGCAGAACUGCAUCUCACGCCGUGCUCGUGCACUACUGGGCUCGGAUGAGCGCAAUAAUAGUUGAUAGUCCGGGCCCAUAUUUAUUCAGCUUCAGUAAAUGAUAUGACGAGACUCAUAGUACAACGUCCAUUUGCCUUGUCUACUCCGGAC